AUGUGUGCUGAGGCUCUACCUUCACUUCACCACAACCGCCAAGAGCAGCUCAAGAACAACGCAUCUCUUGAGAAUCGAAGCAACGGGAUCACUGGAGCCUGGCCAUCGAAGCAGCACCAGUACUACAAGCAUCGCGCCUUGAGAAGAAUCCAUGGAGCUAUAAACAUCAUGGGGUGGGGAGUCCUCUUGCCGAUAGGUGCAAUCAUUGCACGAUACUUUAAAGAAUCAAGCAACGAUUGGUACAAUCUUCACAUCAUGUCCCAAUUCUCAGGGUUCAUUCUUGGCACGCUCGGAUGGGGUAUCGGGAUAACCAUCAAGAACGAACACCAUCACAUGAGCAGCCAUGGAGUUCUUGGAACUCUAAUAUUUGCAUUGGCUACUCUUCAGCCGGAUGAAGAACACGACUCCCGGAGAUAUUGGAUCAUCUAUCAUAACAUACUCGGCUAUGCCCUCAUUGUUCUCAUCAUUGUAAAUAUAUUUCAAGGUAUAGGAAAUCAGAAAACGCCCAAGACAUGGGAUUUGGUUUAUGGUGCUGUUUUGGGAGUUUUGGGUGUGAUUGCUCUAGCCCUUGAGAUUCUCAGAUGGAUAUAUGUAUAG